ACUCCAGUGACAACAUCAUCUACAUCCGCUCAGUCUACGGAUCAGUCUACAGCCUCUGUCAUUGUAGCGGUAGCAGAAGGAAGAGGACUUGCCAGUGGAGAAAUAGGAAUGGCUAGUUUGGAUCUGAGAAACCCCGAUGUUGUCUUGUCUCAGUUUGCAGACAGCUCAACAUAUGUCAAGGUUAUAACAAGACUUCAGAUUCUAGCACCAAAAGAAAUAUUGAUGUCAAACACGGCCUGUGAAGGUGGCAAUACAACAGAACUGUACCGUCUGAUCACUGAAAAUUUUAAGGGUAUAUCUUUUACAACUGUACAGAGGAAAUAUUUCAAUGAAACUAAAGGUUUGGAAUACAUUGAACAACUAUGUGCUCCGGAAUUUAGCACAGUGCAGAUGGAAGUUAAAUCUAAGUAUUACUGCCUGGCUGCUGUUGCUGCUUUGCUGAAAUACAUUGAAUUCAUCCAGAAUUCAGUCUACGCUCCCAAAUCUGUCAGGUUCCGAUUUCAAGGAAGUGAGCAGACCGCUAUGAUCGAUUCUGCAUCUGCACAGAGCCUUGAACUUUUGGUGAAUAACAGAGAUACUAGGAAUAAUCAUAGCCUUUUUGGGGUACUGAAUAAUACUAAAACACCAGGAGGGAGUCGCAGACUCAGGGCAAAUAUCCUGGAGCCUCUUACUGACCUUGAAAGCAUCAACACGAGGCUGGAUUGUGUCCAGGAGUUUCUUGAAAAUGAGGAGCUUUUCUUCAGCCUCCAGUCAGUCCUCUCCAAAUUUUUGGAUACAGAACAGCUUCUGUCUAACCUCAUUCAGAUUCCAAAGCAAGACACAGAAAAAGCUGCAGAAACAAAGAUCAGCUUUCUAAUUUCACUGAAGCAUACUCUAGAGCUAGUGGAGCCCCUAAAGGCUGCACUGAAAAAAAACUGUAGAACAUCACUUCUCAAAGCUUAUUAUUCUUCUCUAGAGGAUGAAAGGUUUGAUCUCAUGCUUGAAAAAAUUCGAACAGUCAUUAAUGAUGACACCAGAUACAUCAGAGGAUGCCUCAAUAUGAGAACUCAGAAGUGUUAUGCAGUUAAACCGAACAUCAGCGAGUUCCUCGACAUUGCCCGAAGGACAUAUGCAGAGAUCGUUGACGACAUUGCUGGAAUGAUAUCGCAGCUAUCUGACAAGUAUAACUUGCUGCUAAAAACAAGUUUCAGCACUGCCCGGGGAUUCUUCAUCCAGAUGAAUGCUGAAGGAAGUAUGCAGCAGUCUCUUCCGGCAGAAUUUGUUAAGAUGACGCGAGCUAAAAACACUUACAGCUUCACAACAGUCGAUUUAAUUAAGAUGAAUGAACGAAUUAACGAAUCACUUCGAGAAAUCUACCACAUGUCUUAUAUAAUAGUUUGUAAGCUGCUUAAUGAGAUCUAUGAGCACAUCCACUGCCUGUACAGGUUAUCAGAUGCCGUCUCCAUGUUGGAUAUGUUGCUUUCUUUGGCUAGCGUUUGCACACUGUCAGAUUAUGUUCGUCCAGAAUUCACAGAUACAAUGGCAAUAAAACUGGGCUGGCAUCCAAUCUUGGAAAAGAUUUCCUUGUCCAAACCAGUUCCAAAUGACACCUAUCUAAGUGAGGGGAGUAAUUUUAUCAUACUCACCGGGCCAAAUAUGAGUGGAAAAUCAACGUACUUAAGACAGAUUGCUCUUUUCCAGAUAAUGGCACAAAUAGGGUCCUUUGUUCCAGCAGAAUAUUGUUCACUACGAAUUGCUAAACAGAUAUUUACCAGGAUUGGAAUGGAUGAUGAUAUCGAAACAAAUGCCUCAACUUUCAUGAGGGAAAUGAAGGAGAUAACAUACAUAAUACAGAAUGUAAAUGACCAGUCACUGAUAAUAAUUGAUGAACUUGGAAGAGGCACUAGUGCGGAGGAAGGCAUCGGGAUCUGCUACGCAGUGUGCGAACACCUUAUUGGUUCAAAGGCUUUUACACUUUUUGCAACACAUUUCUUGGAGUUAUGUCAUCUAGGUUCAAUGUAUCCAAAUGUUGAAAACUUUCACUUUGCUAUAAAGCAUGCAGCAAACAAGUCCGGGAUAAAGCAGUCGAUCACUUAUACCUACUUGCUAUCCAAAGGGCAGACAAAAGAGAAGAAUUAUGGUAAGAAUGACGAUUGA